GCUCUGUUCGCGCGCCGACAGUGAGGAAGGCAUCAUGGAGGUGGACAUGGCGGAGGCACCAGGGGAUCCCAAACCGUGUGAAAGUGGAGCGAAGGCGGACAGCGAGGCCGGGGAACCCUCGUCUAAGGCUGCCGGUGGCUCCUACGAGCUGCCCUGGGUGGAGAAAUACCGACCGAUGAAGCUGGAUGAGAUCGUGGGGAACGAGGAGACCGUGAGCCGGCUGGAGGUGUUCGCCCGGGAGGGAAACGUACCCAACGUCAUCAUCUCAGGCCCUCCCGGAACAGGAAAGACCACCAGCAUCCUGUGCUUGGCGCGAGCUCUGCUGGGUGCUUCCAUGAAAGAUGCUGUUCUGGAGCUGAACGCUUCAAACGACAGGGGGAUCGAUGUGGUGAGGAACAAGAUCAAGAUGUUUGCUCAGCAGAAGGUCACACUGCCCAAAGGCCGACACAAGAUCAUCAUCCUGGACGAGGCGGACAGCAUGACCGACGGAGCUCAGCAGGCUUUAAGGAGGAUCAUGGAGAUCUACUCCAGGACAACGCGCUUCGCUCUGGCGUGCAAUGCCUCCGAUAAGAUCAUCGAGCCGAUCCAGUCCCGCUGUGCCAUGCUGCGUUACUCCAAGCUGACCGACGGGCAGAUCCUGGCCCGGCUGCAGGAGGUGGUGGAGAAGGAGCAUUUGGCUGUGUCUGAUGAUGGGCUGGAGGCCGUCAUCUUCACCGCGCAGGGAGAUAUGAGACAGGCAUUAAACAACCUGCAGUCCACCAACUCCGGCUUUGGCUACAUCAACAGCGAGAACGUGUUUAAGGUGUGUGACGAGCCCCACCCCCUGCUGGUGAAAGGCAUGCUGGGACACUGCGUGGAUGGGAACAUCGAUGAGGCCUACAAGGUGGUGGAGCAGCUGUGGGCGCUGGGUUACUCCCCAGAGGACAUCAUCGGAAACAUCUUCAGGGUCUGUAAGACUUACCAGAUGGCCGAGUACCUGAAGCUGGAGUUCAUCAAGGAGAUCGGGUUCACUCACAUGCGGGUGGCGGAAGGCGUGAACUCCCUGUUGCAGAUGGCCGGUCUGCUGGGACGUCUCUGCAGCAAGACGGCGCCCCCUGCUGCCAGCUGAGGUCCUCCAACCUGAUUGGUGAUUAUGGAAUUCUGCUGCUGCUCCAGGUUCUGAUCCGGAUGGGAUUGGACCAGCUGCUCCACCCGCAGGUCCUCAGAGUUCUCUACUGCUUCCGGACACUGAGUCCUGAUCUAGAACCUUAGCAGAACCGUUCGGAUCUUAAAGACAAGUUCCUAUAAAUAAGAAAUGCAGCAUGCAGCUGAUCCGGAGUCAGUUUCUGGACUCGUUUAUUUCUGCUCUUUGUUUCCUACAUGAACCAUUUCAGUGAUUAUAGAUGUUCUGACCCGGAUCAGAACUCCUGUCCCUCUGUGACCCACCACCCCGGUUCUGGACCAGAACCUCCAGAUGCCUUAAGGAUGUUUUCUUUGGACAUUAACUGGUUUGUUUAUUUUUUCCAAUAAAAACUCGGAUGUUCUGCGCUGA